CUGUUUGUGUAUCCAAUGCUUAUUCUCAUUUUCUGUCACCCUGUUAGCAUCCAGGUGAACCGUGUGAUCACCUACAGAGAUCUGGACAAUGAUCUUAAGCAUUAUUCUGCGUUCCAGACACUAGAUGGAGAGAUUGACUUGAAGCUCCUCACCAAGGUUUUAGCGCCAGAGCAGGAGGUGAAAGAGGAUGAUGUGAGCUGGGACUGGGAUCAUCUGUUUACAGAGGUGUCCUCAGAGCUGCUGAUGGAAUGGGAUCAAGGAGAGAGUGAGGAGCAGGCUGUGUUGCCUGUAACAUGAGGAGGAGGUUUGGACUGGGACUUUAAAUAGCUCCAGUGGGAACUGGGUGAAAGUCCACUACACAGAAGGGCCAGUGACUUUGGUUAUAGUAACUUUAAUAAUGUUUGUUAUCCAGAAUUUAUAUUUUGUAAAGUGUAUAUACAGUGUUUUUUUGUAGUUUUGAAAUAAAGUUCACUGUGAACAGUAAACAGA